AUGAGGAAUCCACACAGCAAUGGAAACCUUCGGAAGCUGGAAGCUGACGGAGAAGAAGAAACGGAGGAGAAAUCGUGCCAUAACGGCUUCGGAGUUGGUGUCAUCUUGGGUCUCGACGGUGGCGCCACCUCAACUGUGUGCGUGUGCGUCCCAUUCUUUCCGUACGGCGAUCGUUUACCGGAGCCUCUUCCAAUCCUCGGUAGAGCCCUCGCCGGUUCAACCAAUUGCAACAGCGUUGGAGAGACUGCAGCAAGGGAUUCACUAGAGCAAGUUAUUUCUGAGGCACUUGUACAAGCAGGUUCAGAUAAAUCAGAUGUCCGUGGUGUGUGCUUAGGUGUUUCAGGUGUAAAUCAUCCCUCAGACCAGAAAAAGAUUGAAAAUUGGAUAAGGGAAAUGUUUCCGAGUCAUGUCAAGGUGUAUGUUCAGAAUGAUGCUAUAGUGGCUUUAGCCAGUGGAACCAUGGGAAAGCUCCAUGGCUGUGUUCUUAUCGCCGGUACAGGAUGUAUAGCCUAUGGUUUUGAUGAAGAUGGCAGGGAGGCUCGAGCAUCUGGCGCUGGACCAAUCUUAGGUGAUUGGGGAAGUGGCUAUGGAAUUGCUGCACAGGCCUUGACGGCGGUGAUUAGAGCUCACGAUGGUCGUGGCCCACAAACGAUGCUUACAAGUUCCAUCUUAAAAGCACUUGGACUUUCCUCUCCAGACGAACUCAUAGGGUGGACUUACGCUGAUCCAUCAUGGGCACGCAUUGCUGCUCUUGUUCCUCAAGUAGUAUCUUGUGCAGAAGCUGGUGAUGAAAUUUCAGAUAAGAUCUUGGUUGAUGCAGCUGAGGAUUUAGCUGUAAGCGUUAAAGCUGUUGUACAGAGACUUGGUUUAUGUGGCGAAGAUGGGGCAGCUUCUUUCCCAGUUGUAAUGGUGGGCGGUGUCCUAAACGCUAACCAGAAAUGGGACAUUGGAAAAGAAGUCUCAAACCGCAUCAACCGUUACUUUCCAGGGGCUCAAACUAUCAUACCAAAGGUAGAGCCAGCUGUUGGAGCAGCAUUGUUGGCUAUGAACUUCUUAACAAGUUAA